GCUCCAGCGUACGAGGGUAGGUGAGGAUUCGUGUGGACUGAAUCGGGCCUGCGCAUGCGCUCGGCAUCAUCAGCAAGUUGGAGCAGGGAGCCCAUAUAUAUGUAACGGAUGUCGUGUCCCGAGCUUUGCGUAAUACUAAUAGUAGUCCGCCUCCCAGUGAAACCCGUACCCGCGUCAGCAAACUCAUACUGCGACGCAUCUUCGUGUAGAUGUUCCCUGUUCUCUAUGACUGGAAGCGGUGAGGAGACAAGACGUGAAAGUCGUACUUACCGAUGAUGCGUCGGCGAGUCAUGCAUGCACAUGUAAGGCCAGUGGCUGGAAACAGCGUUCAAGG